UCCACACGGAACUAUUAUUGUGGAAGACGCGUUGACGCUGCGCGAUUGUGACUACACGCGAAUUAUGAUCAAUCGCAAACUUUCCGACAGCCAUCGAUUAUUGGACAUUUACAGGGUUGCGUAUAUUUUUUAGUUAAAAUGGAGUCUGGAGGUUUAAUCUGCUGCGAUUAAUGGUUGCUCCUCGUGUCAGCCGGUUAAACCGAGUGUGAUUGUUUCAUCUGCGGUGAUUAAUGGGUUUACAUGCAGAUGAUGAACUUCCUCCGCAACCGUCUGGUUGUGUUGGGGCUGGUGCUGCUGGCCACAGUGCUGCUGUAUCUGCUGCUGCCCUCCAUGCGGCAGGGGAGCAAGGAGCCGUCUCUGGAGGUGCAGCAGCGGAGGGGUCUGAUCGCCGCCUCUCCUCCUCCGCCGCCGCCGCAGAACAGCGUCAACAUCACGGUGAGGACCGGACAGCUGCCCGGAGACCCGCCGCUCUUCUUCAGAGAGGCUCUGCCUGUGGACAGCGCUGGGCGACAGAUUGUGCCCAGGCUGCAGAUGGUGCUUCUUCAUGGUCAGGCCUUCACCUCUAAGACUUGGGAGGAGUUGGGCACCCUCAGCUUGCUGGCAUCCAAUGGGUACCAGGCCCUCGCUCUCGACCUGCCCGGUUUUGGGAAUUCUCCAGACUCCGAGUCUGUAAAGUCGGAUCAGAGCCGCGUGGACCUGCUAAAGCGUUUUCUGGAGUCUCUGGGCGUGCGAGCACCGGUGUUACUGAGCCCGUCUAUGAGCGGCCAUUACGCCCUGCCGUUCCUCCAGAAACACAGCACCCAGCUGCAUGGCUUUGUGCCCAUCGCCCCCGUGGGCACCCGUGGCAUCACCCCACAGCAGUACCGCGACAUCCAGACUCCUACACUGAUCAUAUACGGAGAGUUAGACACCAACCUGGGCGCCCAGUCUCAGAAGAACCUGAUUCAGCUGCCUCAUCACACCGUGGUGAAGCUGGCAGGAGCGCGGCACGCCUGUUACAUGGACAAACCCCGCGACUUCCACCGCGCUCUGCUCGACUUCCUCAGCAAACUCCAAUGAGGGACGGAGAGAGUGAGAGCGGCUCAAACGCACAUUGACUUUGGAAGAAACUGGUGAAGAAAAAGACCGACGCGAGACAAGAAAAUGAUGAAGAGGACUGCGGUGCAGCUGUAAAACCAGUCCUGAAGUGAAAAUCAGCCGUCCACAUCAACUCACUCCUUAUAAUUUCCCUGCGUGCACCGUCAAGAGAUUAGAAAUUAUAAUAUAUCCAACAAACAAAUCUUCUGCAGAAUUACUAUAGUAGAGCUUCUUUUGUAGAUUGUAAACAUUUCCUUUCAUCAGUUUUGACCAUGUUGCCUGUAAUGGCUUGACUUUUGUUAAAUUUUCCCGCCUGAAGGUUGUUCUGUAAUGCUGUUCUCCUGGUUUCCAGUCUGAGGGAGGUUCCUGUCACAUAGUUGCCAUGGGCUUCUUUCUGAGAGAUGUACCUGUUAACACAAUUGCCAUGGUUUUCAGGCUAAGAAGUGUUCCUGUGUAUCAGUUGGCAGGGUUUCCAGACUGACAGUUAUUCCUAUAACACAUUUGCCAUAGGUUCUAGUCUGACAGUUGCUCCUAAUAACAUGGUUGCCAUGAUUUCCAUGUUUUCCGGUAACUCAGGUGCCAUGUUUUCUGGUCUUUGGCUGUUCUUUUAAUAUAAAUUCCAUGGUUUCUUGUACGAGGGUUGUUUUUUUUAAUACGAUUGUCAUGGUUUUCUGUAACUUGAGUCACAUAAAGCCAAAAAUCAGUGUCCCUCCAUCUUAAAUAUGCUUGACAGAUGUCUUGACAAGAACAUCUCAGAGAAGAAAACAUUGUUUAAUCACUUUUGGCUUGAAUAGGUUUGUCUUCUCAUCGAGUGAAACCAUCCAGAGUGUUCACACCAGCAGUUGGCACAUGCAUACUAUUGAACGUAGCAUGUAAGUGUGUGAAUGACGCACCGUAUAGUUUUAGAAGAGCAAAAAUAGAGACUAAAGUUGUGGUAGGCUUAUUGGAAGCCUGUAAAUUAAGUUUUUCGUUAUCAGUAGUUGUCAGACUUGUACUGGCAGUAGAUUAUUCCUCAUAUUAAAAAGAAAAUUUCCUGAGACUGCAGAGAAGAAAAAGGGUUCACUAAAUGGUGCUGGUAUUUCAUUACCACACCUAAAAAUAUAGGUGUUCAUUACAUAUUUAUUAUUUAUUGCUUAAAGCUUCUUCAUGACAGAAACCGUAAUGUGUGGUAUUUAUGUGCUGUGGUCUGUUGUUUUGUUUGUUUAUAGCUUGAAUAUAUUUUAGAGGACCGUGAGGCACCUCUGACAUCCCAAAUCUUCGAUCUGAAGGGAUGCAUGGUACUGCAGAGCCAUGAAACGUACUUUUGUUCAAUGCAAAAUAAAGUUCAUUCAUUAAUGUU